ACAACUACACAAAUAGCAAAAAUGCUGCUCAAAAUUUGCCUACUAGGCUGCCUGGCCGUAAUGGUAGCCGGCGAGGAGUUGUCAGUGGAGUCGGAGAAGCAAUUGGCUGAUCCUCAAGUGAAGAGUGGAUUCGAGACGGCGCACAAGGUGCCAGAGGCGAGUUUGCUGAGCGAUGAGGGUUUCCAUACAGCGCACAAGAUCAGCAUUCGUUCCACAGACUCGGCUGAUUACUCCAUGAAUUUGCUGGCCACCAAGGAGCGUCCCGAGCUGAAUCCCGUGCUCAGUGCGCUGAUCAAUGAGGAUGUGAUGAAGAGCAUCGAGGCCAAGCGUGCCAUCGAAGAGAAGGAACUGGCCGAGGUGCGACGCGAAAUCGAGGAGGCUGCCCUGGCCGAGCUGGAACUGAAGGGAGUAGCCGUCACUGAGCAGCCCGCACUUCAGUUGACCACACAGCCGACGGCGGCCAAGAAGAUUGACAAUCUGGAUGACGAUAUGCUGGUUGAUCCACACGAUGAUUUUGUCAAUCAGAACUUUGCCUUGGACAGUGCUGGCAGCGAGAACAACAAGAAGUCGCGCAUUGAGAUCAAGAAGGGACCCAACGGUCAGGACUAUGAGUACGAGUAUGUCUACUACUACGAGGAGGACGAAGAUGCCGACAGCAAGGCGAAGCCAGCGAUUACUGCACCCGCAGCGGUUGAGGCACCCGUCGAUCUGACACCCGACACUCGCGGCAAGACCAGAUACUCGAACAUCGAUCGCAGCACUCCGGCAACGCCCAGUGAGAACAGUCUGCACAGUGGCAAGGCCAAGGGACGUGCCUCGAGUGCCGUCAGCGACAACUCCGAGGAUAUUGAGGCCGAGCGUCUGCCCCUCAACACACGCUUCCCCAGUCGUGGCAAGAACAUCGAUGUGCAGCCGACUCCAGCGCUGGACUCGCUGGAAACGGCCGCCGAGCGCAAGAAGAUCAGUGUGAAGCGUCCCAGCCUGGAGCUGGUCGACAGCGAGACCUUCAACACGGACGAGAAACAGCUGAAGGGCUCACGCAACGGCGACAAGGAGCUGAAGCCCGUCAUUGCCGUCGAACAGGAACAGGCAGCGGCCGCAGCUGCGGCAGCCAAGGAGCGGGAACGGGAACGGGAGCGGGAGGAGCAGCGCGAGAUCACCGCCAAGCUGGACGAUGAGGCCGAGCAGACAACGCCAUCGAUGGAGAAGGCCGCGCUCGAUCUGUAUGCCAUACUGACCAAUGAGAAUCUCAACAUGGAGGAGACCACCGCAGCGGAUGGCACGGAUGACACCACUCUCAGUCCCAACACCGCCAGCACUGAUGCCGAUGACGGCAGUCUGACCACAGUGCAGGAGGAGCUGUCAUCCACAACGACCAGCACGACAACCACCACUAGCACCACCACCACCACCACAACCACUGAGGCACCCACUACGACUACAACCACCACGACAGCGGCACCUUCCCUCUUCGGCGGCAGACGGUCGGCUCUCAACGGGCUCGCCGGUCGCAAUCGCUUCAAGCUGCGCGAAGGCGGCUCCACCAGCACCACCAGCACCACCGAAGCCACACCCACGGAGCCCACCAAGACAGGCAGAAAUCGCUUCUCGCGUCCUUCGAUUGGCGGACGUUCGCGUCCGGGUGCACGCACCACCGCCAGCCCUGAAGCCGCUGCCGAGCCCGCUGUGGAAGAGGAGAUUGCGCCCGCCAAGGAAGUAAAACCCGUUAGCUCUGGCUUUGCACGUGGCAGACCACGCAACCGUUUCAAUCUGCGCGGUGCCAGCACCACCACCACGGAGAAACCCGCCGGCGCUGAAGAGGAAAGCGCCGAUGCAGCCAGCUCAGCAGAUGCUGUGCCCAGCACAACAGCUCGCAGCACAUUGCGCAAUCGUCCCGGCUUGAGUCUGCGUGCACGCAGUCGCACCACCACCACGAAGGCGCCCGCUGCUGAGGGUGGCGCUGCUGAGGAGAGCAGCUCGGCGGAUGAGGCAGCCAAGGCGGCCGCUCCAGCAGCAGCUGCUGCCGCUGAGCCAGUCCAGCGUCCAUCACGCUUCAACCUGCAUCGCGCGGGCGGCAAUCGAUUGCUGCCACGCGGCAAGCUGGGACGCGCUGGCGCCACCACGGAGGCACCUAAGGAGGGGGCCGAGGACUCGGCGGCGGACAGCAGCCAUCACAAUGAUGUGAAGGGCAACGAGGCGGAGGCCGGCGAGACCGGUGAGAAGACUGAGGAGGGCGAUGCCGCUGCCGGCAACGCUGCCAACCAUGCCGCACCCGUGUCCGGUCUCAAUCGCCUCAAGCACCGACCGCGCCUCAAUGCGCUGCACAAGACUGACGCGGCCAAGCCAAAGGCAGCCGCAGCCACCACCGCAGGAGCAGCUGCUUCAACAGCAUCCGCACCAGCUCCAGCUUCAGCUGCCUCGCCAGCUGCCUCGUCGCCGGGCGUGGCGCCACGCAAAAUCAAUCCGCUGCUAGCCAAGCGACGUCUGCCUUUCGGCGGCGCUGCGACGGCUACCUCGACUACAGAAGCGCCCGCUGAGGAGGAGCAGCGUUCAGAUGGAUCUGGCGAGCAGGCUGGAGCAAAGGAAGAAGCUGCCGCUGCCACAAACUCCGAGGAGUCCGGCGACAGUGCGGUCAAGGAGCAGGAGACAACUGAGGCCGCUGAGGCCACCACCAAGCAGCAGGCGCGCGGUUUGGGUCUGCUCGGACAGCGUCGUCGUCUGACGAUGCGCAAGCCCGGCACCAUUCUGUAAGGCAGCUAAGCGGUUAACCGUUUACCCGUUCACCCGUUCAGCCGUUCAGCCGUCAACUACCCCCUUAAUUUCAACGGAUGAUGCGGAAUUGAAGCUGUAGCGGAAGUGCAGUUGUACCUCCUUAUUCCUUUUGAAGCCCUCAAACCAAUCCUUGCCCACAGCCAACUGCAGUUGCUUUCUACAAACUACUUUUUCCUUGCCUUUUCUUUAUCUCCCUGUGCUGAUAUACUCCUAAUUUGAGUGGUUCUAUUCGGUCCACUCGGCCAGCGAUAAAUACCUUUUACAAUCUUCUGUAAUAUGUUUCCGUUUUUUAAAAAACUCUAUUGUCUGUUUUCGUUCUUAAAACGCGAUUAGCUUUUUACACAAUACAAUAAUUAAAAUAUUGAAAUAUAUUAUUUAAGUCCCCUUUGCGAAAAAAAGUCACCAAACAAAAACAAGAAAAACUUAAAAGAAAAAGAGGAAAAACAUAAGAAAAACUAAAAAGAAAAGCAAAAACGCAGCCACUUGUAGACCGUUAAGAUAUAAAAAUAAAAAAAAUAAAAGGAUUCCACAUAUUUUGGGCUAACCAGAGAUGAUAAUAAUAUAGCUCGAAAUCUUGCAACGCUCAAUAAAUUGUUAAAAGUAUGUGAAUAGCAAGACAUAUAUUAUAAUCCCUCUCUCUUUCCAUCUUUUUUUUUUUGCUACAAUGUAAACAAACGACUUUUAAUUAUACGUUUUUAAAUAAACACAAAAAUAAGUAAAGAAAAUUUA